CCUGCUGUCUUCUUGAUGCAGACCGGCCUGCGCGUGCCUCCCAUGAGCGGAGACUUCCCGAAGGAGUUCCUCGCAGGUGGAGACCUGGUGCCGCGAGGCCACAGUCGCCGCUGCCUGUCUGUGGACGAGUCCAGAGCCCAGCUGGAGGAGGAGGAGGAGGAGGAGGAGGAGGAGCAGGAGCAGGAGGGGAAAAAGAAGGAGGGAGAUGGCUUCCACGCUGUGCCCCUCCGAAGGUCGGGGGCUUUCCGUGCCCACAGCCACCACCCCUUCAAAAGACAUAGUUGGGGGCCAGACAGGGACCUCCAGGACCCUCUGAGCAGGAGCAAACUGCAGACAUCGGGAUGCACGUGCCCUCAGGAGCCCCCCUUACUGCGGAGCCGAGAGGAGCUGGAUGCCUUCCUGGAAUGGCAGCACCAAGGUGGCCGGCCCUCCCGCGUGGGUCAGAGCUGCUGUCAUCCACCCGUUGGCCCUUUGGACCGCUCGGCCACUGGCACGCUUUCCAAGUCUGCGUCCAUGAGUGGCAUCAGUUGCCUCUUGGGCUGUUCCGACCCGGCUGGGAAUUUAUGCCAGCCCUCCGCCACUGACCUCAGCCGAAGCUGUAGCCAACUGGAAGGGGGCUCAGGUACCUGGGCGGACUCCCCCCUGCGCCGGACCCUCAGUUUCCUCCUGGGCAUGACCGGAAAGGCCAAGGUAGGAGUCAGCGGGGAAGCAGGAGGCCUGGCCCCCCUGCCCUCCUCAGUUCCCCUACUCUGCACCCCACCUUCUGCUCUGUCCCCAGCUUCCCCGGGAGACAGACACCCAGGACAAUGGUUCAGGCUUGGAGGAAGCACGUGGUAUUUCUCUCAGACUCCCUCCCUGCAUGGGGGGAGGGUCACCUUUCCUGUGCGCCCCCCUGCCUCCAGCUCCGCAGCCAGCUGUGGACAGCUGGGAGAGGGGAAGGGUAGAGUCCACACGACCUGUGUCCCCACAGAGCUCAUCCAGACGGAGCUGCACCACGUGCGGACGCUGAAGAUCAUGACACGCCUCUUCCGCACGGGGAUGCUGGAAGAGCUGCAGCUGGAGCCCGGAGUGGUCCAGGGCCUGUUCCCUUGCGUGGACGAGCUCAGUGACAUCCACACACGCUUCCUGGGCCAGCUGUUGGAGCGUCGGCGCCAAGCCCUGUGCCCCGGCAGCACCAGGAACUUCGUCAUCCACCGCCUGGGGGACCUGCUCAUCAGCCAGUUCUCAGGUGCCAGCGCAGAGCAGAUGCGGAAGACCUACUCCGAGUUCUGCAGCCGCCACACCAAGGCCUUAAAGCUCUAUAAGGAGCUGUAUGCUCGGGACAAACGCUUCCAGCAGUUCAUUCGGAAGGUGACGCGUUCGGCCGUGCUGAAGCGGCAUGGGGUGCAGGAGUGCGUCCUGCUGGUGACCCAGCGCAUCACCAAGUACCCGGUGCUCAUCAAUCGGAUCCUCCAGCACUCCCACGGGACUGAGGAGGAGCGCCAGGACCUGAGCACAGCACUGGGGCUGGUGAAGGAGCUGCUGUCCAAUGUGGACCAGGACGUGCAUGAGCUGGAGAAGGGAGCCCGCCUACAGGAGAUCUACCACCGUAUGGACCCCCGGGCCCAGACCCCCGUGCCUGGCAAGGGCCCGUUUGGCCGAGAGGAGCUUCUGAGGCGCAGGCUCAUCCAUGAUGGUUGCUUGCUCUGGAAGACGGCGACGGGCCGCUUCAAAGACGUGCUAAUGCUGCUGAUGACAGAUGUACUGGUGUUCCUCCAGGAGAAGGACCAGAAGUACAUCUUCCCUGCCCUGGACAAGCCCUCGGUGGUAUCACUGCAGAAUCUGAUUGUACGGGACAUCGCCAACCAGGAGAAAGGGAUGUUUCUGAUCAGCGCGGCACCCCCUGAGAUGUAUGAGGUCCACACAGCAUCCCGGGAUGACCGCAGCACCUGGAUCCGAGUCAUUCAGCAGAGCGUGCGCGUAUGCCCAUCCAGAGAGGACUUCCCACUGAUUGAGACAGAGGAUGAGGCCUACCUACGUCGAAUCAAGACGGAGCUGCGACAGAAAGACCGGGCGCUGGCAGAGCUGCUACAAGAAAAGGUUGGGCUGUUCGCCGAGAUGACCCAUUUCCAGGUGGAAGAUGAUGGUGGCGGGGUGACCCUGCCCACCCUGCCCAGGGGCCUUUUCCGCUCCGAGUCCCUGGAGUGCCCUCGCGGGGAGCGGCUGCUGCAGGAUGCCAUCCGUGAGGUGGAGGGCCUGAAGGACCUCCUGGUGGGGCCCGGCGUGGAGCUGCUCCUCACGCCCCGGGAACCAGCCUUGCCCGUGGACCCGGACAGCGGCGGGAGCACGAGUCCUGGGGUCACCGCCAAUGGUGAGGCCAGAACCUUCAAUGGCUCAAUUGAGCUCUGCAGAGCUGACUCCGACUCCAGCCAGAAGGAUCGGAAUGGAAAUCAGCUGAGGGCUCCCCAGGAGGAAGCGUUACAGCGAUUGGUCAAUCUCUAUGGACUUCUGCACGGUCUCCAGGCGGCUGUGGCCCAGCAGGACACCCUGAUGGAAGCCCGCUUCCCCGAGGGCCCCGAGCGGCGGGAGAAGCUGACCCGAGCCAACUCCCGCGACGGGGAGCUCGGCCGCAGCGGGCCGGCCCCCGCGGCCCCCGACAAGCAGGCCACCGAGCUGGCCCUGCUGCAGCGUCAGCACGCGCUGCUGCAGGAGGAGCUGCGGCGCUGCCGGCGGCUGGGCGAGGAGCGCGCCACCGAGGCGGGCAGCCUGGAGGCCCGGCUCCGCGAGAGCGAGCAGGCCCGGGCCCUGCUGGAGCGCGAGGCCGAGGAGGCGCGCAGGCAGCUGGCCGCCUUGGGCCAUAGCGAGCCCCCUCCGGCCGAGGCCCCCUGGGCCCGCAGGCCCCUGGACCCUCGGCGCCGCAGCCUCCCGGCCGGAGACGCCCUCUACCUGAGUUUCACGCCGCCGCAGCCCAGCCGAGGCCACGACCGCCUGGAUUUGUCUGUGACCAUUCGCUCUAUCCAUCGACCCUUUGAGGACCGAGAGAGACAGGAGCUGGGCAGCCCGGAGGAGCGGCUGCAGGACAGCAGUGACCCCGACACGGGCAGCGAGGAGGAGGGGGGCAGCCGCCUGUCCCCUCCCCAUAGUCCGCGAGACUUCACCCGAAUGCAGGACAUCCCGGAAGAGACAGAGACUCGCGACGGGGAGCCUGUGGCUUCAGAGAGCUAAGGGGGCCCCUCCCCCGUCCUGUGCCCCCAUGAAGAACACACCGAGGGAGGCAAACUCUGGGACUCCAAUCCGCCAAUGAUGAGGGAACAUUAGAACUGCUGAUUGUCCUUGCCAGCUCUUGGGCUCCUUGGACACCCCGGGCCGCUUAGGAAGCUGGAGGAAUUGGGCCGCAGUGCCCCCUGGUGGCAUCCAGAAGCUACACCACAGAUGCCAGUUUUUCAUGCCUUCUUCCCUCUACUUUAGGAAAAUUUAUUUAUUUAUUGUUUAUUAGUGACGCAGGGAGUGGGGAGAUUUAGAGCACCAGGGACAUGGGAACCAAGCCAUAGGGAUCAGGGGGCCUUGUCCUGUAACACUACUGGGGUUUAUUCAGGCUUAACCAUGCCGCUGCUGGGUUCUAACCCUGACGCCCCUCCUGGGCAACACCGUCUGUGAGGAGGGGCUGCACCGCAGGACCCUGCUGACCCCCCCCCCCCCCAAGAGGGGCUGUGGGCAGGGCCACGCCCCCCUCCCUCCCCCUCAGCCUCGCACUGCUCUUCUCCCUUGUCCAUCCUCCCGGGAGCCCCAGGGAGACGGCCUGGCUUCCGGAGCUGAUGGAGGAGGGGCUGAGGUGGCCCUAACGGCUUUGUUGGGGGGUGAGGGGAAAACCCACGGGACCAGAAUGUUUUUUUGUUGUCGUUGUUUUCUUUUUUGUACCAAAGCCAACUGCACGUGUUUUGUAUUUUUAAGAGAUGAUUUUAGGCAAUUAGAAACCACAGCCUUCUAUCUCCGCGUAUCAGAAGAGCUUGAGGGGUGGGGGGGGACCAUAUCCUCAUCUACAGUAAUGGGGGACCUAUUCUGACCUCUUCUCCAGCCGUUUGGGAAAAAUGUUCUAGGGUGAGUUGGGAAAUCUCCGUGAAGCCUGACCUCAUCCCCACCUCAGCAACCGGGACUGAAACCUCAGUGUGAAUUUUGGGGAUUUUUCAGUGGACCCCCAGUGCCCACCAGCCCCAGCCAUUUUCUGCCAAUUUGAUUGUUAAAAAAAGAAAAAAGAAAAAAAAAGAUAAAGCAGGGAAAAUUAAAGACCUGGAACCCCACAAGGUGCUGUCUCUAGGUGUCUUCUGCCCCCCUCUUCCCCUGCCCGGGGCACUGCUGGGGGUGGGGGGAGGGGCAGGCACCAGCUGCUUCCCCCCCCAACCCCCGAAGGGGCCUUUCUUCUCACAGGAAGCGGGCGCCUCACCGAAGACAGGCCACUGACAGGAGAAGCUGCCCCAGCCCGUUUUGUCAUCGUGGAUGUCCCCAAGCAGUGGGGUGGGGUCAGGGGCACUUGGGUUCUGGUGAAGCACCUGCCCCCCCCCCCCCCCCCCCCGCCCCCUUUGUGUGUCCUGCUCAGAAAUGACGUCAGCCUGUUGCCCCCACGCCUCCCUUCCGGACACAGUUCCUGUCGGCCUGUCCCUAGAGUCACUGUGCCCCAGUUCUGUGUUGUGUCACAGCCCCCGCGCGACCUCUUCCAGAGGCAGUGAGAGAUUACGUCGGUUUCAGUUCUCAGUUUCGGUUAAUUUUACUUCCUGUUUCUGGUCAGUACCUGGGGUGGUGGUAGGGAGGAGGGAGGGCGGCCGGUGGCCACGCGCUGGUGCGCACGCUCGCUGGUGCGCACGCUCGCUGGUACGCACAGGCACACGCACUGGUGGUACCCUGGCUGGCACAGCGGAAGGCCUCCGCUGAGGAGAGGAACUGAAAUCAGCUGGGGGGCCGGCUUGGGGCCGCACCUCCGUCCUGGACAUCUGGCCCACGGCAUCUGGCCUUUGGCAGGUGCUGUCUCCCCUGUUCUGGGACCUGAGGUGGGCAGGUGCCCAAGGGAAGGUUGCCCGGCCGGGAUGCCGGAGCCAGCCCUCCACUUCCCGCCUGAGCACCGGCUUCUAGUGUGCUGCCUCCUUGGCUGGGGGCUGGGUCCCAAACCUGUUAGGGGCCAGCGUUGGGGUGUGUGUGGGAGGGGUGGUGAUAGUGCUCAGGCCAAGAGAGGGCAGUGUGGGCUCCUCCAAUGUCACACAGCCAGUGAGGGAUGCUGGUCAGGGGGAAGGGGAGACCUGGAGCCCCAGAGCCCAGAGUGGAUGUGGGGAAGCCCAUGGCUCAUGAGGACAGCACUGGUGUAUUCCCAGCAGCACUGGCCCUCUGCCACCUCUUGGCCCUGAGACCUGAUGUCCACCCCUCUCCGACCUGGCUGCUCCCGUAGAUGAGUCUUGCAGCUUUCCGGGUUCUGCCCGCGGUGCCCUCCCUAAGCCCUUCUUCUGGAACACAGUCAGCGCCUGUCCUCCCCACGGCAGGUUCGAAGCUCUCUGGCCGCUUACUGCAGGGAGCCAGGGCCCAGCUUCUCACCAGUGCCUGCCUUCCACUGCAUGGAGUGCCCAGCUGGCGAGCGGGCCCUCCUCGCUGCCCCUCCCCUGCCUCUCCCACCCCUCUCCUCUCCAAGGUUAGAUGCACAUGGUCCCUCAUCUCCGACUUGGGCCUGUUUAAUUCAGUAUUUACCAGGGCACCUGGGUGGUGCAGUCGGUUUACCGUCCAGCUUUGGCUCAGGUCAUGAUCUCGUGGUUCCUGGGUUCAGGCCCCACGUCCGGCUCUGUACUGAUGGUCCAGAGCCUGGAACCUAUUUCAGAUUCUGUGUCUCCCCCCUCUUUGCGCCCCUCCUCCAUUCGCAUUCUUUCUCUCUCUCUUAAAAACAACCAUUAAAAGAAAAAGAAUUCGGCAAGGUGCAUGCUCUCUAAAAAAAAAAAAAACAAAACCAAAACUAAAGAGAAUAAUAAACUCAGUAUUUACCUCCAGGCCCCAUUAGCACAGAUGCCCCCUGGGAGCCAAUAUCCCAGCAAAGCCAUCAGAGGAGCUGCAGGGGUGGCGAGAGGGGAGGAUUUUCCAUCCUGAAUUGACUGGGAACAGGAUUUCCUAUCCUGACAGACAUGAACCAGUUUAAACAUCAAAAGGAGGAAACUAAACAUCAAGCACCUAAUUAAAUGUCGUUAACAUGGCUUAAUGUCCUGCUGUCGCUCUGGGUCCUUGGGAGGCCAGAGUGCUCUCCCGUAUCACUGCUGGGUCUCCAUGGAUAUGGAAACCAGGGGCCAAUCCCUCACUCAGUUCCUUUUUUUUUUUUUCCGGUCUCUCUCUUUCUGUUGCUCUAUACUCACCACGGAGCUUGAACUCACGACCCUGAGAUCAAGAGUCCUGGGCUCUUCCAACUGAGCCAGCCAGGCAGCUCUCUCAGUUCUUCAUGUAAAACUUCCAUUUCACUCCAGAGCAUGUAAACAUUAUCCCAAACGAGCCAUCUCUGGCCGUGGGUCCCUGUCUCCCUGCUGCCGCCUGUUCCUUCUUCUCCUCCUCUUUCUUCUCUCUGAUUCCAUUUUACAUGAAGUAUAAGAACAAUAGCCAACACACGACUUCGGGUACCGUUGAAUCCUCAACACCCCACUUUACAGAUGUGAAAACCAGUAGAGACAAGUCACUUACCGAGGUCCCUCCGCUGGUUAGCGUCAGAGCUAGGAUGUGAUCCUGGGUGCUUUGAUCCUCUGAGCUGCACACUUGGGACAGGAGGGAGGGACACCCUCACGAGCCUCCGACUCUCUGGUUCCCACUUCUCUGGACGUACCUGCAGCCCCCUCUUCUCCCAAUCCCUCCCCCGUCUCUCUCCUCCCUAUGCCCCACCCACAUCCUUGCCUUCUCCCCACUUCUCCCUCCAAAUCCUGGUUUAACGAUGGACACACAGGGUGUUUACACUUGGGCCUGGGCUGAUGCCAGAGACCAGCAGGACUCACAGGGCAUCCCCCUGCCCGAGGACUCCGCUUUCUCAGCUGAGGUCUGCAGGCCCCAGGUUUCUCUGGGCACCACUGGGAUGCUGUACGGUGGAGAUGGCCAGGGGGAGGGCACUUUUGGCUCUGGCACCAGAGAGCAAGGGUACACCCUAUUUGGGGUGAGGGUAGGCGUGUGGGGGAGGGCAGACAGAGGGAAACAGGUGCUGGUGUGUUGACCUCUGACCCCUUAGUCUAGGACCCUUGGGAAUUUUCCUGAGAAUGCUCACAAAAGGCAGAAACGGGGCAACUGAACCAGAGGUGGAAGCGUCCAGACAGUCGUGGAUGAUACAGGUUAUUCUCCAACCUUCCUCCUUCCCCUUGUCCUACCCAUACCUCCAGGUGAGCAAAGACCUAAGCUCCCCCACGUGACCCCACAUUCCACCACACCCAGAAGAGAUAGAGACUCCCAGAGGGUGCCGCAGCCCACGCCAGCUCUCCCUAGGGUGCAGGGUUCUGCCCCUGGCGGAGCCCAGAAAAGGAGGGUAGGGUGUUCAACACCCUUCCCCCAGGUGUCCCUUUGUCCAAGUCGGUGGCCAUGGUAGAAGGACCUCUCUCCUGGCAGAGUGCUCUCCCCCCACCACCUGCCUAUGGUCUUUAGGGCCCCCAGUUCCAGCCGGCCCGGGCCCUAGGGUCGCAGCCUUGCUCACAGAUCCCUGAAGGCAUCUGCCAGGGCCCAUCAGGCUCCUGCCUCAGGAGGGCACGGGGUUCAGGCAGCCGUUGCCGUGUGGUGACAGGGAAGACGGGGGUAUGGAUGGCGUAGACAGAUGCUAUCCCAGAGCACCAGGUCAGACGUCACCAGCACUCCAUGAGAGUGUCCAGGUGGUUGGGGAAGCGGCAGAGGAAGAAAGAGGCCUCCAGGGUAGGGACACAGUGGGCCACGCCCCUGCCACUCUGCCGUUGCCCAGCGACAGCAGCAGCAGGUGGUAGCCAGGGGACCCGGGGACCAGGAAAGCCAGCACCCCCCGGCCAGUACCUGCCAUGGCAGUGCAGCGGACAGACGGGUGCCCCACACCUCACCCUCGGCCCCAAAACAGUCGUGGGCACCGUCACCGGGACGGCCACCAUCCACACCACCAGGGUGGCCAUGCAGGGCCAGGAAAGCGAGAGGCGGGUGCCUGGUCCGGCAGCCACGGCCACCAUGCGCCGGGGGUGAGGGGGACGCUGGCACAGACGUGGAGGACAGUGGCCUUCGGGGCCAUCUUGCAGAGGGCACUUCGGGCCGGCGGAAGUCCAGGGCGGACUCAGGUGCCCAGAAGGGGAGAGUGAGGGCGGCCCCAGGCCCGCCAGGGCCAGGUUGAAGACAAAAGUGUCGGAAGGGGGCCGGGGGCUCGCCAGGCACAGCUCCCAGCACCCACAGCACCACCAGGUUUCCCUGCAAGCCGGCCGCCCCCACAGACCCAUGGGUCGGGGCGACCUUGACCCUCGGGGCUAGGAACUGGCCUCGGGGCAGCGGGGGCCGAGCUGCUGGGGUGCAGGCGCCUCCCUCGGGGCCGAGCGGCCGCGAGCCACGCCCCCGCCACGCCCCCGCCGGGGACGGGGAAAGGGACAGGCUGCGCCCCACCCUCCGCGGGUCUUGGAGGGGCCACCGGAUGGGAGCGCCGGCCGCCGCCGGGGCAGGUGCGCGGGCCGGUGUGCACCUGUGAGCGGCAUCCCGCUCCCAGGCACUUACGCUGAGAAAUCAGGGUAUACGUUCACAUGAAGACUUGUACGCCAAUGUUCACAGACACUUCAUUUGACGUAGCUUCACGCGGACAACAAGUCGUAUGGAUGAGCUGCUUACGCAUCAGGUGAAUGGGAAGCCAACAGUGGCCUCCUUUACUGCAAAGAACAGAGAUUGCCCUGAGCUGCCUCCAGUGAUGAAACACGUUCAAAGGGAAGGAUGAUGUCGGUUACGCCAGGGUGCUUGAAAACCCUCACCCUUGCCCCACCCGUCCUCCCCUCCGCUUUCCUUCCUUUGCUGCAGCAGGCAGCACGGAAGAGUAGAGCCAGGGGCGCCCAGCGGGCUCAGGGUACAGCAUGCGGCACUUAACCUCAGGGUAGUGAGUUCCAGCCCCGUGCUCGUCGUGGAGCCCAGUUAAAAUUAAAAAAGAAAGAGUAGGUCCAGAGGUGCGAUUUUAGAGUUUGAGCAGACCCGACUGGACUCGGGAAACAACGGGAAGACGCUGCGGCCCUCAGGAAGCAAUGUUUAUUCUUUCACUUUUCAUGUGGUUCCUGCUGCCGCAUCUCUGCACGGACCAGUUCCUCUGUCUGGUCAGAGCCCAACGCAGUCCCCUGCGCCCUGACACAGCACAAGUGACAACCUUUCACAACCACAGUUCUCUGGGUCCGAAAAUCCUCGGGAAAGACUGUCUUCUCUUUCCUUACUAAAAAAAAAAAAUUUAGGGGCACCUGGGUGGCUCAGUGGGUUGAGCCUCGGACUUUGGCUCAGGUCACGACCUUGCGGUUCAUGGGUCGAGCCCCGCGUCGGGCUCUGUGCCGACAGCUCAGAGCCUGGAGCCUGCUUCGGAUUCUGGGUCUCCCUCUCUCUCUGCCCCUCCCGCGCUUGCACCUUGUCUGUCUCUCUCUCUCAUAAAUAGACAUUAAAAUUUUUUAAAAAACAAUUUUUAAGGGGCGCCCGGGUGGCUCAGUCUGUUGAGCAUGUCUGACUUCCGCUCAGGUCAUGAUCUCACGGCUUCAUGAGUUCAAGUCCUGCAUCGGGCUUCAUGCUGAUGGUGCAGAGCCUGCUUGGGAUUCUCUCUCUCUCCCUCUCUCUCUUCCCCUUCCCCCGCUCGCACCUUGUCUCUCUCUCUCUCUCAUAAAUAAACUUCGGAAAAUUAAAAAAAAAAAGAGCUUUUAAAAAAAGUUUAUUUAUUUAUUGAGAGAGAGUGCACUCUGCCAGCGCAGAGCCUGAUGCGGGUGAGAUUGUGACCCAAACCAAGAUCAAGAGUUGGAAGCCUAACCAGCUAAGCCACCCAAGUGCCCCCCCCCCCACUAAACCAAGAAUGUUCUUUAAAAACAAGAGUAUUCUUAUGUAACCUCAGUACGAUGAUCAAAAUCAACAAAGUAACAAUGCUACAAUAUUAUCUAGUCUAGAAACCUCACUGAGAUGCUGCUAAAUGUCCCCUGUAACAUCUUUUAUAACAAAAGAAAUCUCAGACGUGAGUAACAUUCAGUUCUCAUCUCCUUGCAGUCGCCUUGAAUCGGGAACAGUUCCUCAGGUUUUGUAUUUCAUGACAUUUUUAAAUGUUACAUAUUUCUAAAGAGUAAAAGCUAUUUGUGUAACAUC